CACCGCGUCCGCCGGGCCGACGAGCACGCGGAGGAGCUGCGGAACAAGAUUGUGGACCAGUGUGAAAGGCUGCAGUUACAGAGUGCUGGCAUCACCAAGUAUGUGGCUGAGGUCCUACUGGGGAAGAGCCAACGAGCAGUGAGCACGGCCAGCGCGGCGAGGGAACUGGUUAUCCAGCGACUGAGUGUGGUGAGGAGUCUUUGCGAAAGCGAGGAGCAGCGGUUGCUGGAACAGGUGCACGGUGAAGAGGAGCGAGCCCACCAGAGCAUCCUGACACAGCGGGCACACUGGGCCGAAGCACUGCAGAAGCUCAACAGCAUUCGCACCAGCCUGGUGGACAUGCUCACCCAUCUGGAUGACCACCAGCUGAUUGAGAAAGAGCAGGAGAUUUUUGAGAGGACUGAAGAAGCAGAGGGCAUUCUGGAUCCCCAGGAUUCUGAAAAGUUAAACUUCAAUGAGAAGUGCACUUGGAGCCCACUACUGACCCAACUCUGGGCAACGGCAGUUCUCGGGUCCCUCUCAGCAGGCACAGAGGACGUACGAAUUGAUGAGAGGACCAUCAGCCCCUUCUUGCAAUUGUCAGAUGAUCGAAGGACCUUGACUUUCAAUGCCAAGAAGACCAAGGCCGGUGCAGAUGGCCCAGAGCGUUUUGACCACUGGCCCAAUGCCCUGGCCGCCACCUCUUUCCAGACCGGGCUGCAUGCCUGGAUGGUGAAUGUCCAGAACAGUUGUGCCUAUAAAGUGGGUGUGGCCUCAGGCCAGCUGCCCCGCAAAGGCUCUGGCAGUGACUGCCGCCUGGGCCACAAUGCCUUCUCCUGGGUCUUCUCCCGCUAUGAUCAGGAGUUCCGCUUCUCGCAUAAUGGGCAGCACCAGCCCCUGGGGCUGCUGCGGAGCCCGGCCCAACUGGCUGUGCUUCUGGACUUAGAGGCAAGAGAGUUGCUCUUCUGUGACCCAGCCUCUGGCACCGUGCUCUAUACCUACCACACGGCCUUCCCCACACCUCUCUUCCCAGUCUUCGCUGUGGCUGACCAGACCAUUUCCAUUGUCCACUGACCUCUAGCCACAGAAAGAUCAAUUCCAUCUCCCUACCACCCUUUCAGGUCAGGCCAUGUUUCCAGCCAGUGUCCUUUUCCCAAGUGAUUUGUGUGGUGUUUCUAAAGGAAAGAGGGCCCAUGCUCGGUGGGCAGAUUGAGGUGCCACGAGGAUCUGUUUCAGACCUAGGCACAAUCUUGAAAUGCCAGCCAUCUUUGGGAAACUUGCUGCUCCCUGGCCCUUUGUCCUCCAAAUUCACCAUGAUUUUGCCCCUCCGGCAUCCAGCAUGGGUCCUGGGGCAUAGUGAGUGUGCAAUAAUUAUUAGGCAAGGAAAAAGAGGGCUGGAUAGACAGGUGGGCAGAUGUGGAAAUGGUUCUCUGCAGAGAAGCCUAUGGCUGAAGCUGCUUUAUCCUCUUAGUUCAGUGUUUCUCAGUCUUUUUCACGACAUGCACAUAAGAAAAAUACUUUUUCUAACACAUAAAGACAACCUGAAAGGGAUUUAGAACUAUCAGGCUGCUCCUGGCCAGAUUUUGGCCUGGCAGUGCUAUAUCCUUCUGUAGGUACUGCGCUACUACCCAGAAGACCGAGGGUCCCUAUCUCCAGAUAACCUGGCUGCAGCCCAGCCCUGGGCAUCUGUGCCAGAUGCUGAGGGCCAGCUGUGGCUAUCUGAGAUCAUGGGAACUUCCUACUGUGGCUGUGCUCCCCACCAUGGCCUCUCGGACCUAAAGUGGAGGCCUGAGUGAGGGCCUCCAGCCAGAAAGUGCUGAGGAGUAUGAGGGCCAGCCUUAGGGAACAUGGAACAUGAACAUUAUUAAAGGGCUUAAGAGACUUAUA